CUGCUCAUUCGUGCCUUUUAUCUGGUUCGUCGUUGUUUCGUUCGACACGAGCUACGUUUGCAAUAUCAAAUUUUCAUUUAAAAUAUCGUUUUCCUUGUAAGUUUUCCAGUGAAUUCACGUGGAAUAUAUCGUAUAUCUAAUCAAAUAGAAGUGCAAAGUGAAAUUAGUGUUGGGGUCUGCCGAUAUUCCGAUAUAUUUGAUUAAUCACCAGCGUAAACAGAAUUGCCCCAGGUUCCUUUAGCUAACAUUACGAAAUACCUUUGAAACGGCAUUUUCUGGGGAAUUCACGCCGGAGGACAAGUUUCCAACUAUGGCAGACCUACCGAAACUGUCUCGCUCGAUGCGAGCCAACACAGAUCUGGACAUCCGCCGCGAACUCACAAACCGGCCCGAAGAACGGCCCACCUUACAGAUGUUUCGCAGCAAGGAAGCUAAAAGCGGAGUGUCCUGGAAGGAACUGAAACUGUUCAUCAAUCAAAAAUUGGACGCAAAAGAGGCAUCCGUGUUGACGAAUCAGCUGCGCGAUUUGUGGAAUUACUGUCGGGAGAUGAUUGGCAGUGAGGAGAAUGCCGUUCUGGUGGACGAAGCGGCGAUCUUCGUGUUGAGACUCUUUCUGGACCAGAAGAUCGUCAUGCUGAAGCACACCUCUCGCAUUAAGAAAAUGUUUGGACAGGUUCCAAAUGCACUCAUCAAUAAGAUGUGUACGCUUGUUUACACCAUGAGCAAUCACUUGAACGAAGACUGCCGGAAGUAUCUUGCGGAAACGGAGAAAGAGAACCAAGACUGUUCCACAUCCAUGUGGGGAGGACACAUUAAAUGUAACGUGCCAGAUGGACUCCACGGAGACUUCAGCCUGCUCACGGAUUUAUCUCCUAUCCAACCAGCAGAGGUGAAAUCAGCUGUGCAGUUCUCGAUGAAAUACGACAGUAAAAAGCACGAGCAACAGCAGCCUCAACCCGGGCCAAGUUCUUCGAAGCCUGCGGACGAAAAAUAUACUCGAAGCUGGUUGGCGAAACAUGUGUCACCGGAUUUGAUAGACAAUCUUGUGGAACUGCUCAAAUGUGGCAAAUCCAACGAUGAGCUGCAGGGCGAGCUGUUCGAUUUCUUGGGUUUCGAUAAAUUUGAGCUGAUUGAAGAAUUGCUCCAGAAUCGAAAGCUCAUAAUCGAACGUGUUAAGGCAAUCGCGCAGAUCAACGUAUUCAAAGAAAAAGCUACGAAAAAGUUGGAAGCAAUGCAACAUGCACCUUCCUAUCUUAUGCCAGUGAUGAUCCAAUCCGAGUCGGAGAAGCAACUACGGAAGCAAGUCAACAAGGAAGAGAAGAAGCUGAAAAAGUUUCUAAAUGCGGUAGGAGUGGAAGAGGAGGAUGAAGAGCUCGAUCCCAUGAAGAUGAGACUGAACUACCAGCAGAGUUUGCUGAUGGCAGCUCAGAUGGCGCCUCUGUUGGAUGAUAAACCUCCAAGGGCCAUGGCCCCAAGACCCCCCAAGCUUAUCAAGUAUCCAAACGUAUUCGACUCGUACAGUGAAGCGAAAGCCCACGUUGGCUUCAUUGCUGGAGGGAAACUUAUGCUUCCGGACAACGUUGAACGCAACGACACCAAAGUUUACGAGGAAGUCAAAAUUCCUGCCACCGAUCCACCACCUCUUUCGAUUGGGAAUAAUCGAAUUCAGGUCAGCUCCCUAGACGAAAUCGGACAAAUUGCCUUCAAGGGCUGCAAAGAGCUCAACCGAAUACAGACCAUAGUCUAUCCGGCGGCCUACCAUAGCAAUGAAAACCUUCUAGUUUGCGCGCCAACCGGUGCGGGUAAAACCAACGUUGCCAUGCUGACCAUCGUCAACACUAUUCGACAGUUUGUGGACCAGGGCGUCAUCCAUAGGGAUCAGUUCAAAAUUGUCUACGUGGCUCCCAUGAAGGCUCUGGCAGCAGAAAUGACCACUAAUUUUGGUAAACGAUUGCAACCGCUCGGAAUCUCCGUUCGAGAACUUACCGGCGAUAUGCAGCUAACCAAAACCGAAAUGCAGCAAACGCAAAUGAUUGUGACAACGCCGGAAAAGUGGGACGUCGUUACACGGAAGGGCGCCGGCGAUGUCGCCUUCAUCAGUCUUGUGAAACUGCUCAUCAUCGACGAAGUACAUCUUCUUCACGGCGAGCGAGGUCCUGUUGUGGAAGCACUCGUCGCUCGAACUCUCCGUCUGGUAGAAUCUUCCCAGAGUAUGAUCCGGAUCGUCGGUCUGUCAGCCACACUCCCCAACUACAUAGACGUCGCUCGGUUCUUACGAGUAAAUCCCAUGAUCGGUCUGUUCUUCUUCGACUCUCGAUUCCGCCCCGUGCCACUGAGCACGAAUUUCAUCGGUGUAAAAUCACUGAAAGCACUCCAACAGCUAUCCGAUAUGGAUAACAUUUGCUACGAUCGGUGCAUCGAUAUGGUUCGGCAGGGCCACCAGGUGAUGGUGUUUGUCCAUGCGCGGAAUGCAACCGUUCGGACGGCGACCAUCAUCAAGGAAUUCGCCCAGCAGAAGGGACACAUCCAGCUGUUGACGCCGGAAAGCAAUCCGGACUACGGAACUGCGAUCAAAGCCAUCUCGAAGAGCAGGAACAAGCAGCUGGUGGAAUUAUUCCAGAAUGGAUUGGCAAUGCAUCACGCCGGAAUGUUGAGACAGGAUAGGAAUCUCGUGGAGAAGUAUUUCGCUGAGGGAAUCAUCAAGGUUCUGGUCUGCACAGCCACCCUCGCUUGGGGUGUGAAUCUUCCGGCGCAUGCAGUCAUCAUCAAGGGCACGGAAAUCUACGACUCCAAGCACGGUACCUUUGUGGACUUGGGCAUUUUGGACGUGCUGCAGAUCUUCGGUCGUGCAGGUCGACCGCAGUUCGAUAAAAGUGGCGUGGGAACAAUCAUUACGACGCACGACAAACUCAAUCACUAUCUGUCGUUGUUGACGAAUCAGUUCCCCAUCGAGUCCAACUUCAUUCAAUGUUUGGUGGAUAAUUUGAACGCCGAGGUGACGUUGGGAACGAUCAGUAACGUUGACGAAGCAAUCGAAUGGCUUAGUUACACGUAUCUGUUUGUGAGAAUGCGUAUGAAUCCUCAGUGCUACGGUUUGAACUACCAAGAUCUUCAGGAUGAUCCCACGUUGGAACGGAAGCGAAGACAGCUGAUAAAUACGGCUGCGAUGGCACUGGACAAGGCAAGGAUGGUGAGGUAUAACGAACGCACCGGAGAUUUGAACGUUACGGACUUGGGUAGAACGGCGUCACAUUUCUACAUCAAAUACGAUACUGUAGAGGUGUUCAACGAUAUGCUCAAACCGAUUAUGAACGAAGCGGAUAUACUGGCGAUGAUGUCCAAUGCGCAAGAGUUUGAGCAAUUAAAGGUGCGAGACGACGAAAUGGACGAACUGGAUGAGUUAACGAGAAUUUGCUGCGAAGUUCCUGUUCGGGGUGGAAGCGAGAACAUCCACGGUAAGGUGAACAUUCUGAUGCAGACGUAUCUGUCGAAGGGCUUUGUGAGAUCGUUCUCGCUGAUUUCGGACAUGUCGUACAUUACGCAGAAUGCUGUGAGAAUUGCACGAGCCUUGUUCACGAUUGUCAUUCGGCAGAACAAUCCGAUCUUAGCUGGGCGAAUGCUGAACAUCAGUAAAAUGUUCGAGCGCCAAAUGUGGGAAUUCAUGACGCCCAUGUAUCAAUUUCCGAUCCUGUCCUUUGAUGUGGUGGAGAAAAUUGAGCAACGCGGUCUGAGCGUGCUAGCUUUGAGAGAUAUGGACUUGAAGGAAAUCGGAGACAUGCUUCGGAAUCACCGUCAGGCGCAAGUCGUGAAGCGAUGCGCAGAAGAAUUUCCACUGCUGGAAAUCGAAGCAUCUCUGCAACCAAUUACCAGAACUGUACUGAGGAUUCGAGUUUUUAUCACCCCUGCGUUCAAGUGGAAUGAUCGCGUCCAUGGCAAGACAGCAGAAUCGUUUUGGAUAUGGAUUGAAGAUCCGGAAAGCAACUUCAUCUAUCACUCCGAAUACUUCCAGAUGACCAAAAAGCAGACGAUUCGCAAAGAAGUUCAGGAGCUGAUAAUGACCAUUCCUCUGAAGGAUCCCCUUCCGCCGCAGUAUUACAUCCGAGCAACCAGCGAUACCUGGUUGGGAAGCUCGAAUCUCGUCCCUCUGUCCUUCAAACAUCUCAUUCUCCCGGAAGUACAUCCACCUCACACAGAACUGCUUCCGCUGCAACCUCUACCUGUCACCGUACUGAACAAUCGGAAAUUUGAAGCCCUCUACAAGUUUACACACUUCAACCCCAUACAAACGCAAAUCUUCCACUGCCUGUACCAUACGGACAACAAUGUUCUGCUGGGAGCGCCCACCGGUUCCGGAAAAACAAUCGCAGCUGAAAUCGCCAUGUUCCGGGUGUUCAAAACGCUCCCUAAAGGUAAGGUCGUCUACAUCGCACCGCUGAAAGCCCUGGUCAAGGAGCGAAUCGAUGACUGGAAGCUUCGCAUUGAGCAAAGGCUAGGCAAAAAGGUCGUAGAGUUGACCGGAGACGUAACGCCGGAUAUCAAAGCCAUUCGGGAGUCACAUGUGAUUGUGACGACACCCGAAAAGUGGGACGGUAUCAGUCGAUCGUGGCAAACGCGUGACUAUGUCCGAGAUGUAGCGCUGAUUGUGAUCGAUGAAAUUCACCUGUUGGGAGAAGAUCGUGGCCCCGUACUGGAAGUGAUCGUAUCCCGAACGAACUUCAUUGCGUCGCACACUGAACGGACGCUACGAAUUGUCGGGCUGUCGACGGCUCUGGCGAACGCUCGAGAUCUGGCAAACUGGUUGGGUAUUGGAAUGAUGGGUCUGUACAACUUCAAGCCCUCCGUUCGACCAGUUCCGUUGUCCGUUCACAUUCAGGGAUUCCCAGGAAAGCACUACUGUCCCCGUAUGGCCACUAUGAAUCGUCCUGCCUUCCAAGCGAUUCGUCAGUAUUCGCCUUGUACUCCUGCCUUGAUUUUCGUGGCAUCUCGAAAGCAGACGCGCAUUACGGCGUUGGAUUUGAUCGCCUUUCUGGCUGGGGAAGAUAAUCCCAAACAGUUUCUGCACAUACCGGAGCAAGAGAUGGAUCAGAUUCUGAUGAAUAUCAAGGAUAACAACCUGAAACUGACGCUGGCGUUCGGUAUUGGUAUUCAUCAUGCGGGUCUUCAGGAGCGCGAUCGUAAAACGGCCGAGGAAUUGUUCCUUCAUCGGAAGAUUCAGGUGCUGAUUGCGACGGCCACCUUAGCUUGGGGUGUGAACCUUCCGGCGCAUUUGGUGAUCAUCAAGGGAACUGAGUUCUUCGACGGUAAGCUGAAGCGAUACGUCGAUAUGCCAAUUACGGAUGUGCUGCAAAUGAUGGGAAGAGCUGGUAGACCCCAGUUUGGAAACGAGGGAAUUGCUUGCGUGUUCGUGCACGACGUGAAAAAGAAUUUCUACAAGAAGUUCCUGUAUGACCCGUUCCCGGUAGAGUCCAGCUUACUGGAGGUUCUACCGGACCACGUGAAUGCGGAAAUCGUGGCAGGCACGGUGCAAACCAAGCAGGGCGUGUUGGACUAUUUGACGUGGACAUACUUCUUCCGGCGGUUACUUCGCAAUCCGGCCUAUUACAAUCUGGAGGACAUUGAGCAGGCUCAAGUCAACUUCUUUUUGUCGUCGUUGGUGCAGAAUGUGCUAGAUACUCUGGUGAGAGCAGGAUGUUUGGAAAUUGCUGAUGAUGAACGUGGCCUGAUACCAACUUCGAUGGGUAGGAUAUCUUCGUACUACUACAUGUCACAUCAGAGUAUGAGACACUUUGCCGAUCGUCUGAGUCACGACAUGAACUUCGAGGAGCUACUGAGAGCUAUGGUGGACGCUUGGGAAUUCGAACAACAACCAGUGCGUCAUCACGAGGAUGUUUAUAAUACCGAUUUGUCCAAGUUGUGUAGACUAAAAAUAGAUCCCCUAUCGGUCGACAAUCCACACACCAAAGUAUUCCUACUGAUGCAAGCUCAUAUGUCCCGGCUGCCUCUUCCGAAUUCCGACUACGGAACGGAUACGAAAUCCGUUCUGGAUCAGUCGAUCCGAAUCAUUCAGGCAAUGAUCGACAUUACUGCGGAGCGUGGUUGGCUCGUAAGUACCCUUCGUAUUCAGCAACUUAUGCAGUGCAUUGUUCAAGCCCGAUGGAUUGAUGACCCAGUGGUGAUGACCCUGCCAAAUGUUGAACCACAUAAUGCUCACGUCUUCAAACACGUAAAAUUGGAUCAUCCAUACCUGACACUGCCUGCCCUGAAAGAAAAAUGCCACCGAAAGUACGAAAACCUGGCUGGCCCGUUGCGGCAGGAGUUCGAAGAGUCAGAAAUCGAACAAAUUUACAAAGUUCUGUGCUCGCUGCCCUCCAUCAACGUGCAGCUCUCGAUCCGUGGACCGUUCGGUGACGAGCCAAAUGCUGAUCGCCCCGUGAUGCAACCUCAAACCCGCGACACCUGGAUGGAGAUCUACGCCGACCAGGAGUAUGUGCUGAACGUGCAAAUGAUACGGUUGGGAAGCUUCGACACGUUGAACAUCCACUGUCCCAAGUUUCCGAAAGGGAAGGACGAGGGUUGGUUCUUGACCCUCGGCCACCAAGCCGAAGGGGAAUUAAUCGCUAUGAAACGCUGCGUCUACCGAAGCAACAAAAGCUCCCAUCAGUUGUGCUUCUAUGGGCCUAGUAGAUUAGGACGCUGCAUAUACACAGUGUACCUGAUGUCGGACGGCUACAUCGGGUUGGAUCAGCAGUACGACAUUCACCUGGACGUACUGGAACCUCCAAAGCAGGCAAUACAGGAAUCAAAAGCAGACGAUUAUGAUGCAGACUAUUUAUGGCUAAUGAAAGAUAAGCUGUAGAUGGUUUUGAAUGCUAUUACAGCAAGUGCAAAUUAUUCCACGUGAGCGUCUUAUGAUUAAUCCAUACAUAGUUUAUAUUUCUACCUUACUGCUACUGGAUAUGCUAUCAUAAUGUUCACUGCUUUCGAAAACAUAGUAAACAGGUAAGU